AACAGUGGAAUUGAAUUCCUUUACACAAUAGUCAAAAUUUGGAACCGUUCUAGAAAGCAACCUUAUGGAAGAGUCGAGUUUUGCGUGUCUUAUGGUCUUCUUCUCCUAUUUGAACACUCUCAAAUGAAUAAAUAGCAUUAAUAUAUAUAUUAGUAGAAGUAAAGUAGUAGGAAAUAAAAGACCUUUGAAAGAUUAAGAAUAUACAAACAAAAGGAUAUGGCAUGUUCUGUGGCUUUUAACAACAAGAAUUUGGAAAUAAGUUUCUUUGUUUUCAAGCCAACAAUUGUGAUUAUAGAUGAUCUUGUUCAUGGUCUCAAACAAUUCUCCUUAACUACUGAAACCCUUGGUUGUGUUCAAAGCUCUAUAUUUAGAAGCAUCCAUGGAAAUAUGAUCAUAUGGUAUGGAGCAUGGCAGAAGCAAUCCACUAAGGAAAAAGAGCUUCUAACUUUAACUCUUAAAUCAAUGUUAACCAAGGUAUCAACCAUGGCUAAAUUAAUUGAACAUAGCUUCCUUGAAGCAUAUGCUGGAGAAUCAAGAGAUGGCUCAUCAACUGCAAAAUUCUCAACUGGAGACAUAUUAUCUAUUAACUCAGCCGGCACGAAUAGUAGAGAUGAUCUUAAUGACCUUUCCUACGCCGUGUUAGCUCUUUUCAGGUCACGCUUUGCGAAAAUGGAAGGCAUGACUUCAGGUCUUUGCUUGAAAGGACAAAGCAGACCAAUAGUUGUGUGCAUUCAUGUGUGGAAAUCUCUUCAUUUUUGUUACUCAUGGAUACUUAAUUCUGACCAUAGGAAAUGGAUGAUGCCUUAUCUAGAAAAAUUUGCGAUCGAUAUGAAGUAUGAUAUUUUCAAAGUAGUGUAUGUUAGUGGUGACAAUGUUGUUGAUGUUAACUAUAUUUCUCACCAUCAGAUGUUAGAAAAUGGGAAAGGGAACAUAGAAAGACAGAUAAUGCAGAAUUGAAACUACUGCUAAAGAUUUCAAGUUUUGAACUAUGUACUCCUCUGCUAAGUUAUUUUUCACUUGUAAAUACAGUUAAUUACUUUGUCAAGAUGAAAUUUAUGAUUAGAAAUGAAUGAAAGAAUGAAUAAAUAUUAGUCAUAAAGAGUGGAUUAGUGAAUGAAAGAGAACAUGUUUUGAUGGUGGAGGUACAAAAGAAAGGUGAAAAAGAGAAGUGUCAAGAUUUAGGCGUUAUGUUAUGUGAGCGAAUCCCACAUCGACUAGUAUAGCAGGUAAUGUAAGGUGCUAGUGCUAUAAAUUGAAAGAGAUACACAGAAAAUAAAUCACGGAACCGUGUGAUAAGCACAAAGCGAACUAUUCUUUCGCCUUUUACUAAAGAAUACCGUGUGCGUGUCACUUUAAGCGGUAUACGCUUAUUUUUGGAAGGGUUCUCGAAAAGAGAGCCCUGCAA